CAGAAAACUUUCUGUAAAUAUAAUAAAUAGAAGAAAUGAAAAAAUUACAAAUACUUCGAGUAGAUAACGACGUGGUGCAAAAAAUGGACUUACAAAUAGGUAAUAACAUCAUUGGCCGAAAUGUUGAAACUGGAUGUGAUGAUGAUCGAAUUAUAAAAUAUGCCGCAAUAAUAAAUUUAACAUCUGACAAUGAAAUGACAAUAACACCGUAUCAGGUUGCUCCAUGUUAUAUGAAGUCUAUCGAAUCGUCGCGAUGGCAACUUCUUAAAUUGGGUGUUGCAGUACCGGUAAAACCUGGAGAUGUUUGUACUCUGGUACCGGAUAAAUGUUGGUUUAAAAUUAUAUCAGUACCUGAUAAAAUGGAAAAUAAUGAGGACUAUACGUUGAAACGAAAAGUUAAUGAAGAUUUAGAUUCUAAUAGUGUACGUGAUAAAAGACUCUGUUCAGGAGAAGGAGAUAAUUCACGUUCUUCAUGCAAUGCAUUGCAUAAAAUAUUAAAUAAUGAUCACAAUGUAAAUAAAGUAAAUGUUGAAGAAAGUGUUACAAAUGAAGAUAAUAUAACAUAUAAUAACAAUGAAAAUAAAGCACAAGAUGCAAAUUCUACAUUAAUAUGUGAUUAUCACAACAUAGAUCAGUCAUCUGCAAUUGAGAGAUCUGCUUAUGAAGUUCAAAAUAUGAAUAAAGAGAAUAGUGAAUCUUAUGUAAAUGAAAAGACUUUAAGCCUUAAAAAAAAUUUAGAUUUACCCUCUAUAAGCGAAGACCAUGAAAAAGUGGUGGUAGAAGAUAUACAAUCCCCUGUUUCAAAAAAUGUACAUAGAUCAAAAAUAUCUGCUAAUGCAACAGGAAAUGUUUUCAGAAGAGAUAAAUGCAGAUAUGGAGAGGAAUGUUAUAGGAAAAAUUCACAGCAUAGAGAUAAAUUUUGCCAUCCUGAAGAUUCUGAUUAUGAUAUACCUGAUAAUAGAGAAGAAUGUCCCUAUGGCACUCGAUGCUAUCGUAAAAACCCUCAGCAUAAAAUGAAGUUCAAACAUAUUGGUACAAAUAUUGCAAAUAAUAAGCGUAAGAAGCAGAAUUCUAAACAAACACAGAUACAAAAAUCUUUGGAUACUAUAAGUGGAAUGGAGGAUUCAUCCGUAGAGGAGUCUGCUGAGGAAUCUGUUGAUGAAUCUGAGUAUGAGCCUUCUAGCAAUGAUGAAAGUUCAGAUGAUGAUGAAAUGUACUCUGACAAAAAUUGAAAGUGAGCUGAGAAAUGAUAUAGCUGACCAAGAUUAUAGAUAUAAAAUCUUUAUAUCUAUAUAAAAAUAUACAUUAAUAUAAGAAAAAUGAGAGUAUGGAAAUGAUAUAUUUUAUAAAUAUUUUUACAAUAUUAAAGUCGAUAACUAAGUAAAAUGAUACAAACAUUGUCACAUUUAUUAUAAAUGUAUAAAAACAAUAUUGAAUAAACUAUUUAAAAAUAA